AUGCUGGACAUCAUGCAAACCCUCAUCGUGCUGGCCACGACGCUCGCCCCUCUCGCCCACGCGCACAGCUGGGUCGAAGAGCUGACCCUCCUCGCGCCUGAUGGCACUUUCACCGGGCCACGAGGCUAUCCUCGAGGCACAGUUCAGCGCUCAGCGGCGUUCCAGGACGACAUGAUGGAGUGGCAGCUCCCGACCGACAACGGCGACCAAAUCACCCCAGACAUGGCCAUGUGCAGACCAAGUCAGCAAACAGCCAACUACACCGCUGGAAGCCCAAUCCUCCAGGCGCCCGCGGGCGCUUCCAUUGCUCUACGCUACCAGGAAAACGGACAUGUCACGCAGCCCUGGAUACCGAGCGGCAAGCCCGAGGGCAGCGGUGCCGUGUACGUCUACGGCACCACGAAGCCAAGCGAAGACGACACGCUGGCUGGUAUUUAUCAGACCUGGACUCUCGAUGGCACGGGAGGAGACGCGCGAGGCCGCUUGCUCACGAGCCAAUUCUUCGACGACGGCCAGUGCUACCAGGUCAGUAACGCGCCCAAAUCGGUCCAGCGACAACAGGAAUUCCCGCGCAAGGCCGAGGCCGGAUCGGUAGAAGGCGCAAAUCUAUGGUGCCAGACGGACGUGAAGCUGCCGAAUGAUUUGGCCGCGGGGACGGAAUACACGCUUUACUGGGUUUGGGACUGGUCAACGAUGGAUACCACGGAUUCCAAGGCCCAGCCGCAGUUUUAUACGAGUUGCAUGGACGUUUCUAUCACGGACUCGAAUAGCAACGGUGCGGGUGCGUCCAACCAGGAGGCUAGUGCGUCUUUUGCGCACGUCUCGAAUUAUGGGGAUGCUGCUGUAUCGUCUAUAUUUGAGAGUCUUCUCACUGCUACGGUGACUGUGCCGGCGACGUUGACUCCGGGAUACUUCACGUCAGGGCAAACAAAUAUCCCUCCGCCAGCUACGACAAUGCCAACCAGGGUGACUACUUCUCCAGGAAGCUCCGUGACCACUUCACCUGUUGGUCAAAUGGGGGCAGCGCCAGCAGUACAACAACCCACGGCUGCCUGCAACCCAACCUUGACCAUCACAGCCACAGCAACGUGCCCAGACGCAAGCACCGUGACAACCACCAUAACAUCGGUCGUGACGCAACCAGCGACAGCGACGCUUCCACCAAAUCAGAAUGCCAGGUUAGCUCGUCGGAGGCCUCUAGCUUUCGCAGAUGCGUGA